GCAGAACCGAGCAGUCAACUGCACCCAUGUGCACAUGGACCGUGUCUUUAGACGAGACCAGAAGUGCUGCGUUUGCGGGUCUUCCUCGUCCAUGGGCUUUCUCUACCAAUGCAGGCAGGACGUCGAGACCGAGUCUCUCGGCGACCUGAUAUCGCGAAACACCAAAAACGUCAGGCCAGCCAAGUCACCCCUACGGAAAGAGCUGGAAAAGGCCGGGCUGAGCGAGAGCAUUAUUCUUACCGCCGAGAGCGGACACUACUCAAAACAGCAACUCCAGAAGCUCAAGGACUUGAAGCGGGACCUGCAGCUCGUCAUCACAGAUGUGGAACAGGCUGACCAGGCCAACGAUGCUAUAUCCAGACUGAUGGACAUGUCACAAAGGCCUCGUAGCACCGACGGAGCCCGGGGGCGUACGCCUGUGGCAGAUGGAAACUUUUCAGGAUGUACCUUCAAAGCAUGUCAUGCUUGUCGCCCCUACUAUCUGGACCGUCUGUACAUCUCUUUUGGAGCCGUUCUCGCAGCUGAGUUUCCCCCCAUGACACGAAACGACAUGGCCAAACUCCCUGUGAAAUCAGCCGCCAUCAUGCGUAAUAUUGGUACCAGGCCACCAUCACUCCCUUCUGUGACUUGCAGCACCAGAUCCUCUACCAAGCGGUCUUCACCCCGCGUACCGCACUCGGCUUCCUCGCAGACGACAGAUUGCAGCGUGCUUACCUACCAGACGACACAAAGCGACCUAGAGGAGAUCUGGGCUCAACGCCGUCCGCGCAUAAAAUUCUACAAGAUGGGCCGCCAGCCUAGCACAAAUCCGUCGUCAAGCAUAUCGGCAUCCUCAUCGCUGCUCAUACCCCACGCCCUCCGAACCGCAGUCCAAGGCAUGUUCCGUCACAGUUCCAGUCCCAACCGCGAGUCGAGUUCGUCGGGCUCGAAUAUCUCGUUUCAGUCGGACCGCUCUAGCCCCGGCCAUUCCCGGGAUAACAUGCACCUCAACGCUUCGGCCGCAUGCGACAUGAAGACUGUCGGCCGCAUGCUGGAAAACGAGCGUCACAAGCACAAAAAGGGGCCAUCGGUGGAUAGCUUUGCGCAGGUGGCCAUGGCCGCGACUGCACAGCACCAGGGCGCCAGCGCCCCGCCUAGAGACAGCGGAGUUAGCACCAGCUCGCGACUCCCGCUGUACUCGCUGACGAUCAACGAGAGCAAGGAAUUCGGCCUGAAGAGCGCCGACAUGCCGGAAAACAAGACGACCACGACCACGACCACGACGACAACAACAACCAAGGCACCAGAUGCAGAGACUAGAUU